AUGAAUGUUGACUCUAACUCCAGUUGCACUGAGAUUGGAAAUUGCAAAAGGAGCACCAAUUUUGAGACUUUUUGCGGAUCCCGAAGAGUCAAGAGGUAGGGCCAUCAGCCUUAAGCUUACACAUAGUUUUCGAACGGCGAAGACGUCCAUCGAAAUCCGGUUCGUUUACCAUGUUUCCGCGUAAAAACAAUCUCCCACGGCCAUCGGCGACAUUGUACGAGAACGAGGCCACUCCACCUCCGAUAACUUCGGAUUCUAGGCCAACACAAAGACAAUGUUUUGGCAGAAGAACCUAUUCUGAAGUAGUGGUUGAAACCUUAAAAUCCAGGUAAUAGUCCUUUUCCAAUCGUAAAUUUCCUUAGUGAUGAAAGAUCUUCCGUCCAGCCUUCCACUUCAAGAUCUUCAGUCCGAAGUAAAACUCCGUCGAUCAUGGAAAACGGUAGGGCUUUUUAGGUAUAUCAGCUUUUUAGCUCCUGAGACGCUUAGUUUCAAUUCUGGAAAUCCCUUGGUGGAAAAAACAACCGGAAUUUUACAUUUCUACAAAAAUAAAUCGCCGCAUGAAGUCAUGAGGGACAACUGUUGGACCUUGUGUAUGAUGGAAGUACCUGCUUAUGUUACCUGCUCGGAGCUGAUAAGGUUAAUAUCGCCAGCUGCUGACAAUAUAAGAGAAACUAAGAUUAUUAGGGAUGGAAUUCCAAAUCAGUAUUAUGUUCUUAUCAAGUUUAAAACAUCGGUAAGCCAAGGGAUUCACUUUUAAAAGUAAUCCAUUCCGUUUCAGCAAGCCGCCUUUGAUUUCUUUGGCGAAUUUAAUGGAACCUCAUUCAACUCGUUUGAGACAUCCUCUUGUAAUCUACUUUUUGUUGAAAGAAUGGAAACUGUAAGUUUUAACGCAGUUAUAACUUUUUAUACGAAAUGAAUUGAUAUUUAGGCAACAGAGGAGGGUCAAGGCAGUCUGCCCAUUGAUGGGAUGACAGAACUACCCAUGUGUGCUGUUUGUUUGGAGAAAAUGGAUGACGGAGUAAUGACUAUUCUCUGCAAUCAUUCUUUCCAUGCAGGAUGUUUACAGCAUUGGGAAGAUACUACUUGUCCGGUCUGCCGUUUUAAUCAGACUCCAGAAUUGUUGCCUGAUCAGACGUGUUCGGAAUGUGGGAAGACCUCUGAUCUCUGGAUGUGUUUGAUAUGUGGGAACAUUGGCUGUGGGCGUUAUGCUUCGGCUCAUGCUUACAGGUAAAAGGUUGUUAUUUUUAUUACUAGUUGCCUGUGUAGACAUUUUGAACAGACGUCCCACACGUUCACACUUCAAUUGGGGGGAAAUUUGGUGUGGGACUACGCAGGAGAUAACUAUGUUCAUCGACUAAUUCAAAGUUCCACCGACGGAAAAAUGGUCGAAUUUCAAGGUGCUGAAGAUGUAAGUAAUCACAAUCUCUGAGGACGCUUUCUUUAGCAAAAAGGAACUGAAAAGAUGGAUGCAAUCCAGUUGGAAUAUUCAUGUUUAUUGAGUAGUCAGCUUGAGGAUCAGAGACUUUAUUUUGAGGGAAAACUGAAAGAAGUGGAGAAUAGAUUUAAUGGACAUAAAGCAGAGGCUGAUGAAAAGGUUUGUUUUUACCAUAGUAUUUUAGUUCUGUUCAGAUUCUGAGAUUGGAGACCGAAAUCAACAAAAGCUGCAGGGAUCUAGAAGAAACUAACAAAAAAGUUGUAUCUUUGUUGAUUGAAAAGGGGAAUUUGGAAAAGAAAAUGGCGAAAUCCACACAAAUUAUUAGAAAGUUACAAGCGGAAUUAGAAGAUGAAAAGCAAAUGUCCAAAAUGAUUCGAGAUGACAAGGAAAUUCUGAUUUUAAAGAACCAAGAAUUGGAAAAACUUAGGGCUACUGUAAGUUGGCCAUUGAUGACCGUAAUGUUUUGAUUUUUUUAGGAAAUUAAAGCGUUGGAGGAACAAAUUUCUGAUCUGAUGAUGCAUUUCGAAGCCCAAACAAGACUUGCCGAACAGUUGGAGAAGGCGAAUGUGACUUCAGAAGAAUUGGCGGACAGCAAUGUACAGAUCUCCCAGGCGGAUAAACCACAGAACUCUAGAAAAAUAAAGAAAAAGCGAUAAAUCUUAUCAAAUACAAAUAAAUUAUUUUUUUAAAUAAAACCGGGUAGUUUCUCUUUGCUAGAUUGGUUUUGCUUCCUAUUUCUACUGUGACUUUAUCCUGACCUUUCGUAACUUUUUCAGAUGGAAAUGGAUCCAAUUAGGGCUGUUGGGCCGCUUCCACAGUCCAUCGAUGCAUCGGAUACGGUUUCCAAAAGACUGGCACAGAUCUCGGAUCUGGUGGAUGUAAUUCAUAAAGGAGGUCGAGAUCACAAACCAAGAACUGCAACACAGAGAUUACCCAGACAUAUGAGAAGAAGAGCAAUGUCACAUAAUAUCAAGAGAUUACCGAGAAACCGAAGAGAUUUCGGUAAAUCAGCCACCGCCAAAAGUAAUCACAGAAAGAAACCACCCAGCAGAAUGAAGAGGAGACGGCCCAAUAAUCUGCAAAAGGUAAUUAUUUCAUUACAAUAGAGAUUUAAGUGUCAGGAAUACAAGAAACGGUCAGCUAGUACAAGAUGGUUGUUCACUCACAUAUUCCAUGCAAAAAGGUUUCAAAUGAUUCCUUUAUGGUCUUACAAACUGCCAUUGAGGAGUUACCAGCGUGGGAUUCGACCAUUUUUACGAGACGCUAGAGAUCAUACUGUAGUUUUCGAUGAUUCUUAUUAUCGAUUGCUCAGAUUUACAUUCAAAUCAGCUGAAUGUUGUAACCGAAUACUUGAGAGAUUGCAAGAAUUGGAUUCGGAAGAUUACAAUGAUUUUAAAAAACAUGAGCUACACAAAAGUGGAUAUACGCUUUUUCAACCCGAUGCCCACGAAAUUGUUUUAUCCAUUCAUCCCUUAUUUGUGGCAUCCGCGGGUCAGUUUAUUAACGCUCUAGGAUUAAGCGUGAGUAAACUAGAUGAGGAUAUAAUGAAGAUCAAGGCCAAAGAAUUUGGAUAUUUGACCGAGUUGCCGCUGAAUAUUUAUGAGGGCAUUAAUUUUACCGUAAGUAUUAUUUACUACUCUAACUAGGCAUACUUCAGAUUUUUGAUAUCACUAACCUCUACGCAAAGUUUUCCUUUUAUGGGAGUUGCUGUCUGCGAUCGAUUAAUGAUUCCAUUGCUCUUACCGCCGAUUCCGAACUUAGAGAUCUCAACUUGUCCGAUUACCAACCUCGUCAUAUCUCUUGGAAUAUCCUUGUUGAUUCAAAUUCUUUAUCUGUAGUGCCUGAUGGAUCUUCGUUUCCACUUUUGAUUGAAGAUCCCAGGUUACAACCGGCCAAAAGAUUACAACGGGAAUAUAAACCUGCAGGUAUGGUUAAUAUAACCAAGGUGAUGUAUAUCGGGCGGCAAGUUCGAGAGCCCAUUCUUUUUUUGCACAUACGUAAAAAUCAAAAAACUUUCUCUAGUAAGUACGAAAAAAUCUACAUUUUUGAUCGAAACCGUGCACGAAAUUGAAGAUCAGUAGGUGCAAAAAAAUUAGCCUCUCGAACUUACCACCAUAAUAGUAUGAUUGCUGUUUGGACACAUCGGAAUUAAGUAAAUUUUUUAGGUACACUUAUGACAAGUUUGGAACAAUCAAGUGGUUUUUUUGAUCGGAAAGUAGUUGAGAAUUUCAUAUCCAAACACAAAAUUACUGCCAAAAUCAAUGAACUUAACUCCACUCGUCUCGUUAGACCCACAACAAGUGAUUAUAAGGUCUGUCGACUUGUUUAGAAAAUAAAAAAGUUUAGAUUCCAAUUACAAUUGUCGUCCGAAACUCUGGACCUACCCCAAAAGUGGAAUUGUAUAUGCCCUCGCUUAGUGCCAGCUCUCUGUUAUCACUGCUAUAUCGGUCAGGUGUCAGGGUGGGAUCCCUUUCUGAUAGAUACAUUUUGGCCGUGGAAUUCAACGAUUAUUCGUAUCCCUAUCACUGGUUACCGUUAACAACUCCAAAGGCUUCUUUUAGGGUAAAACUUUUUACGUAAAUGGAUAUUUUAACGCGGUGUUUUAAGUGGAAGAGGUACGUUAAAAUGGCAGAAUUUAACAGUGGGACCAUUGGGACGUGGAACGACCUUAAGUCUUUUGAUUUCCUUUUGACAAGUCGAGCGUCUCUUGGAAAUCUACAACAAAUGCUGAGAGGAAAGUUGAAGGCAUCACGUGAGUGGUUACUGUACUUUAACGCACAUUUUAUCCUUAAGUAAAAGAUGUACCAGAGAAUGUCCUCGUUCCAAUCAGAGUAACUGUAUCUGGAAAAGGGAGGAUUACUGACAAUGAUUUAAUUUUUGGAGCCGAAGGAGUUAAGGAGAAGAAAAAGUUUGUACAUCCUAUUGGAGAAUCGUCAAUCAAGCCGGAUCUUCUCAUGGAGUUUGAAUCAGAGGGUACUCUUGACGUCUCAAAAGUUUUUGGACCGCCAAAAUCCAAAAAACCGAAAUUAGCCACGCCAAAAUCCGAGGAAUUAUUACCUUUGGGACGAAUAAUUUAUUCUCGCCAUUCGCUUAUUCACGGAAGGACGGAAGCCCUCGGUUUUAUUGAACUGAAAAAUAUUUCGCAAGUAGCUUCAAAUUCCGGAUGGGUAAGAUUGCGUCACAUUUCAAGCCCAAAUUACAUCAAAGGAAGGUUGUCUAUUGCGAUAUAAUGAUUAUAUUAUACUUUGUUGAGUUUACUUGUUACCAUUAAAUUCUUAAAUGAUUAUUUACAUUAUUCAGGUUUUAAAUGUUAAUGCUUAUUAA